AUGAAGAAUGAGAUGGACAUGACAGGCGGUACUGCUGUGCAAUCAGCGCCAGAAUCGGGUGGAAAUAAUGCUGAUGAGAGAGUUGCAUUUCGGCAAAAGCAGCAGCUUGAGAGGUACAUCAAUUUUUUCUCAUCGAUCGCAUUCUCGACUUGUCUACUCGCCACAUGGGAAUCUGCCGGUGGUAGCCUACUCUCGGGACUCUACAAUGGGGGCUCCGCUGCGAUUGUCUAUGGGAUGAUAUUGAGCACCGCGGGAAACAUGACAAUUGCAUGUUCUUUAGCCGAGCUUGCAUCUCUGGGUGGUAGACACCCAACGGCGGGCGCUCAGUAUCACUGGAGCUAUGUCCUUGCACCUCGUGGUCGUCGAUUUAUCAGCUUCUUUCAAGGCUGGGUGACAGUUUUCUCCUGGUCUGCACUCGUCUGCAUCGCCCCAUACUUCCUCGGGACCCAAAUCCAAGGCAUGGUUGUAUUGGCACACCCUGAAUAUGAGCUAGUGAGAUGGCGCGGCACACUGCUCAUGUGGGCAGUUGCGAUCAUACCCAUACUGGUGAAUGUAUUUGCGCGUCGGGUGCUCCCAGGCAUCGAGGUUGCCGCGGGUAUCAUGCAUGUGGUAUUCUUGCCAGUCACCAUCAUAGUCUUCGUCGUUCUUGCCCCCAAGAAUCCCGACUUCUUUGUUUGGAAGACCUUUGUGGGUGGGUUAAGUGGCUGGAAGGAUUCAGGGGUUACUUUCUCCAUCGGUCUUCUCGGUGUCAUUACUCCACUAAGUGGUGUUGAUGGUAUAAUCCACAUGGCCGAAGAAGUGAAAAAUGCCGAUGUCGUUGUUCCUCGGUCCAUGAUAUACGGCACUUUGAUCAACGGGACCCUGGCAUUCUCAUACCUGAUCGCCAUACUAUACUGCAUGGGGGACUACACCGAAGCAGUCACCAGCGCAACGGGAUACCCAAUCAUCACAAUCGCCUAUCAAGCAACUGGAUCCAAGGCAGUAACCUUUGUCCUCAUGGCAAUGGGAAUGCUUCCUGGCUGGAUCGCUCUUUUCAACGGCCUCGCUUCCGUCACGCGUCUCACCUGGGCAUUUGCUCGAGACAACGGACUUCCCUUCUCGGACUUUUUCGCCCUCGUCGACCCAAUUUAUAAAAUCCCGCUACGCGCGUUGUUUUUGGUUGCAUCAUGCAUCUUCACCCUCUCGUUUAUCCAGAUCGGGUCAACGGCUGCGUUUAACGCUAUUUUGUCGCUCAGCACGGUCGGUCUUUACAUUUCGUACUUGAUUCCGCUGACUCUGCUUGUUUUCAAGCGCUGCACAUCGCCGCAGGAUAUCCCACAAGGAAGAUUCAGUCUUGGAAAGCUUGGCCUGCCAAUGAACAUUAUUGCUAUCCUCUUUGCCACUUAUUUCGUUAUAUUCCUCCCAUUCCCAGCGACGUUGCCAGUUACCGCAGAGAACAUGAAUUAUGCCGGGCCUGUGCUCGGUUUUGUUAUGAUCUUCGCCUGUGGAGACUGGAUUUUUCGCGGUCGGCAUAAAUGGGAAGGUCCUCGCAAAAGUUUGAAUGAGAGAUCAACGUGGUGA